GUGUAUUCUCCGAGCAUACCGUCAAGAGGCUACCAAUUCUGCUUAGUGUGCGGAAAACACAAGAAAUUCACUAGUUUAGCUGGUCAUAUACAGGAUGUGCAUAAGGAAUUCACGGAGAAAUGGGAAAUACAGGUCCUAGUGCAUACGGGUCGCGGAAUGUUGGAAAGAACGAAGAAAGCGAGCGUUGACUUCACGCGGAUACCCGAACCAAGGACUGACCGAGAAUGGGACACGUUUUGGAGCGACAUGUGGUGUUCCGCGAGCGUUUUAUGGCAGACAAUCCCCGAAUACAAUGCCAACAAUUGGAACUCAUGGAUCAAGCAGGACCGUCUGUCAAGAGGCUUCUACUUCUUUUUCAUCGGUGUGUAUAUGCGAAAUUCAAGAAUGUUCAAUCGCUAUCUAUUUUUCUAA